AAUAUUGCUGGGUUUAAAAUGGGAAAGUUUUAUCUCGUACUUUUAAUAAUGCUUGUGUUAGUUUCAAAUUGUUUUGGUGGAAAUUCAAAUGAAGAUGAACUUAGUGAUUUAAGGAACAAAGUAAAGGAUAUGUUUUACCACGCUUACAACGGAUACUUAGAACGAGGUUACCCCUACGAUGAACUUCGACCUUUGACCUGCGAUGGGGUCAACACUUGGGGGAGCUUUUCCCUUACACUGGUUGAUGCGCUUGAUACUUUGGCGGUGUUGGGGAACUACAGCGAAUUCAGGAGAGUCGCGAAUGAAUUAACGAACAACAUCGACUUCAAUAUAAACGUUAAUGUGUCAGUGUUUGAAACAAAUAUUAGAGUGGUCGGUGGUCUACUGUCAGCUCAUCUAAUGGCAGAUAAAGCAGGGUUGGAAUUAACACCAGGGUGGCCGUGUAGUGGACCACUGCUUGACUUGGCUGUGGAUGUGGCAGAUAGAUUGUUACCAGCGUUUAACACACCCACGUACAUGCCUUUUGGGACGGUGAACCUACGUUAUGGGGUGGAUGCGAAUGAAACACCCAUCACAUGCACUGCGGGGGUGGGAACGUUUAUAGUGGAGUUUGCUACACUAAGUAGAUUGACCGGUGACGCCAAAUAUGAAGAAAUCGCUAUGAAGGCAAUUCAUGCUUUGAAUCAAUCAAGAUCUAAUAUUGGUUUGUUGGGCAACCACAUAAAUGUUAUAACGGGCAAAUGGACGGCGCUCGACUCUGGCAUUGGGGCAGGGGUUGAUUCGUUCUACGAAUAUUUAGUGAAAGGAUCAAUAUUACUGGAUAUGCCCGAGUUAAUGGAGAUGUUUAAAGAGUUCUUGGGUCCAAUAGAGAAAUACCUGAAGCAGGGUGAUUGGUAUAUGUGGGCUAAUAUGAACACAGGUUCGAUCACCCUUCCAAUCCAUCAGUCACUCGAAGCCUUCUGGCCGGGUUUACAAACUUUAUACGGAGACACCGAGAAUGCUUACAAGACGAUACUAAGUUACUACGACGUGUGGGAUAAAUAUGGUGGAACGCCCGAGUUUUACAGCAUUACACAAUCAGAACCUUUUAAUGGAAGGGAGGGCUACCCGCUUAGACCAGAGUUGAUAGAAAGCACGAUGUAUCUUUAUAAAUCAAACAAAGAUCCAAGGCUACUGGAGUUUGGGAAACAAUUGUUACGUUCCAUUGAAAAAGUUGCUAAAACUAAUUGUGGUUACGCAACAGUUAAAGAUGUGCGCGACCAUCGCCUUGACAACCGGAUGGAAUCUUUUUUUCUCGCUGAAACGAUCAAAUAUCUGUACCUUCUGUUUGACCCAGAGAACCCACUGCUAACCACCAUGAAGGGGGCAUCACUGAGGGAGUUUGGGGAUGGGAGGGAAUGCAUACUGGGGGCUGGUGGCUACAUAUUCAACACAGAAGCCCACCCAAUCGACGUUAGUGCGCUGCAUUGUUGCGACAUAAUGAGAAAAGAUACGGAAAAUUCCAAUAUUUGGAACACCUUUAAAAGUUUCGAUGCAAAAACUUUGUUCACGGUUAACCGUAGUGGGUGGGAGCCAAACCCGGAACCUUCAGGUCAAAGAACUUGGGCAGGAAGUGAUGAUCGUAAUGUAUCACGGUUAGUGACGAAUUGUGAUGCGGAAAGUUAUCAUAUGAAGUUCAUGAAACAUGGGCAGAUAUUUACCGAGGCUUAAGUUUUAUCGGCGGUAAAUAUUUUAAAUAUUUUAAAACACAGGGAAGGCAGGAUAGUUAGACACAUAAUACUGUGAAACAAAUCUAACUUGUUGGUUGUAAUGUUUUGCCUGCAAACCAUGCCACCCCAGGUUUAGUGUCUAUGAGUUUGUACCAGAGUUAAUGUGCUAUGUAUGCCAGUAUGUACUUUAAAAGUAUUUCUCUUCUAUCAUUAUCCUAUUUAAAUAUCUGGGCGCAGAAAUAACAUUUUGAACAAGUUGCUUAUAUUCACAUUGGUUACCGCAAAAAACAUAAGAAACAAAUUUUCCUUAACAUACUGUGAUCAUUGGUGCAAUGUCUGUGCUUUAUAACGAGAUUAUGGUAUAUCGUUUGCUCCUUAUAACCUGAUCAAUAUAUUCUCAGUUCACUACUUUAUUUGGUAUUACAGUUUUGUAACUUAAUACAUUGAUAGUAUUAUGU